AGGUUCAGGAUGAAGGAACGAGAAGAAAUGUGGCAGAAAAUAGAGGAGCUGGCCCGGCUGAACCCCCAGUACCCCAUGUAUUACGCACCUCCAUCAUUGCCUCCUGUCUGCUGUAUGGAAACGGAGACCCCAACUGCGGAGGAUAUACAGCUACUGAAGAAAACAGUGGAGACGGAGGCUGUGCAGAUUCUGAAAGACAUGAAGAAGGAGAAAGUUUUGCUGCGCCGGAAAUCUGAGCUUCCUCAGGACGUCUACACUAUAAAAGCCCUGGAGGCCCACAAGAGAGCAGAAGAGUUUCUCACCUCAAGCCAGGAGGCUCUCUGACGGGCUCAGGAGCUGGCCCGGGAAGCUCUGCCCCAUCCCUUUCCCCAGGGGUCAUGGAAAUGCACUCGGUUCUCAUGUAUAAAUAAGGAAUGAACACGGUGAGCUGUGCCUGUCCUCCACUCCAUCCGCAUCCCUCCAGGGUAGAUCUGGGUUUACGUUAUAACUUGUAUCUCACCACUGUCAUGUACUCCUGCUUUUCCUCCUUCCUCCUGCUUUUCCACCUUGGGUGUGCGUGCGUGAAGGGAGCCUGCCUGACCUGCGAUUGUAUCAGCCCAGGCAGGAGUCGCUUCAUUUCCAGCUGCCGCCUGGUUCUUACACUGCCUGG